AUGGAUCCUGAUCGCGGGGUCGACGAGCCCGUCGACCUGCGGGCGCUCGACUACGUCUCCAGCUACGACGAGCAUCUGAUGUGCCCCAUCUGCCAUUGUCCCUUUAUCCGCCCCGUUCGCCUGCAGUGCGACCAUGUCUUCUGCCAGAAAUGUCUGAAUUCUGCCAUCACCUCCGCCGCCGCUGGCCCGGACGACUUUCCCUGUCCGACCUGCCGCGCCCCCACCAAGGACAUCUUCAUGAACGUCCCGCGCCUGCUGAUCAACAUGUGCGAUGAUGUCCGCGUGCGCUGUCCGUUCUCGAGCGAGGGCUGCAAGGAAAUCCUGCCUCGGGGGCACGUUCAGUCCCAUGUCGACAAGUACUGCGAGUACAAGCUGCUGGACUGCCCGAGCCCGACGUGCUCGAAAAAGACCCGGAAGAAGAACAUGAGUUCGGAGCGGCGGUGCAUGCAUACGCUCUUCCGGUGCGAGGACUGCGAGGAGGAUGUGAUGGAGCAGGAUUUAGAGGAACAUCGAAAAGAGCUCUGUCCGAGUCUGCGAACGACAUGCCCCGACUGCGAGGCUGUGGUCUUCCGCAACGCCCUGGCAGAGCACAUCGACACCUGUCCGGAAGCCAUCCACCCGUGCCAGGCGUCCAAGUACGGCUGCAGUGCCAAACUCAAACGGGCUGAUCUCACCAUCCACGAACGGAGCUGCCCGUUGGUAACGAUCGGACCGUACAUCGAGGCCCAGAACUCGCGCAUCGACGCACUCGACAUGACGAUCCGGCAGCUGAGGCAGCGAAACGAGAUCCUCGAGGACGGGAUCGCCAACAUCCGCUCCACGCUGGUCGAAAGCGCCCGGUUCCUCCAGGACGGACGAGACGGGCGACGAAGCUCGCCAGGAGGACGGGGGCGAAGUCGCUCGCGGUCGUCGUCUCAGCCGCGGGCGUCGGAUUCGGCGAUCGACCGGUCAUCGAACCUGUCGUCGUCGAAUGCGAUGACGUAUUUGCUGUCGCUGCACGAGUCGCUGCGGGAGGAGGUAUCACGACUGUCGGUGGCCAUCUCGGAUCUGGACGCGCGCGCCAGCAUGGCGAUCAUGAACGAGAGCCUCCGGCUCAAGGAAGACAUGGCGCACACGAACGCGGCGGUCAACAGCAUCCGAAUGCAGAUCCACUGGCUGAUGAAUCCGCGUCUGCACCAGGGCCGGGCUGGGUCGACGGGCGACAGCCGCACGAGCACGACGACGGCGGGUCUGCGAUCUGCCAGCUCGGGGCCGAGCACGGCAGGACCGGCGACGGCAGGGUCAGCGACGGACAGGUUGACACCUCGCCGGCUCAGCGAUAGUGGGCGAGAGGGGACGAAGCUGUAG